AUGGAUUUUAGCUCUACUUUUCUUCCUCGUGAUGAUUUUCCUUCUAUUAUCCGUGCAAAAAAUGAAGCAAUCAUUUUGCUUCAACAACGCGUUAUUGAACUUCACGAAGAACUGCUCGAAUCAAAAUGUGAAUUACUAAAAAUAAAACAUGAACAAAAUAAUGCAAAAGAUGAGUUAUUGGCAAAUAGUAUCAAUCGUAUAAAUCGUAUACAACGUUCUAUUACUUUGAAUAAUUCUUGGUCAUCUUGGUCAUCCGCUUCCGGACAGUCUUUAUCAGACGAUUCUGAUGAAUUAAACCUGUAUUGUUCCGUAGAUUCAUCUAUUAAGACAGCGAAAUUAAAAUACAUGGUUUGGGUUGGAAAUGUCGUACCUCCCAUCACUCAAAUCGGGUUACGUUCACGGCUAGAAGAGGAAUUUGGAACUAUCUUAUAUAUCGAAAAAUUGAAAUUUAGGCCAUGUGCCUUUGUGUAUUUCUCUGAUGAAGGUGGAUUCUACAAAGCACUGGAAGUUGGUAGACUUAUAGUGCAGGGGCAAGUUGUAAGAAUUGAAAGACCUCGAGCUAAAAAUCGUGACAGCAUGCAAGCAACAGACUCUAAUCUCCACAAUAACGAUCUUGACUUUAUAGGAGAAUUGGAUGAACAAUAUGAUGAAUUAUUGCCGGACUUUUGCGAUCUGAAAGAAAGGGUAGAAAAUCACGAAUUUGUUUUUAUGUAG